AUGAUCGAUAGACUGAGCGAGCUUCGCGCCCUCGCCGCCAAGCCCCCAGAAGUGGUGGAGUACAGCCUGGAGGGCAACCGGGAUGAGGACGUUUCUAUCAUGCAGAUUUUUGCCGGCGAGGAAGAUAUGGAAUGCAUCCACAAGGAGGUUCAGGGCACCAGGAAGGAGAUCCUGCUUCUCACCAUGGAUGUCAAGCGCUUGGGCAAAGAGAGCAGCCGCUUCCUUACCUCGGUGCGGCGCUUCAGCAGCAUCAAGCGGGACGCCAACGCUCUCGGACGCGGCAUCAAGACCCGCGGGGAGGCCCUCUUCACCCGGCUGGAGAGGCUAAGUCGGUUGAGCGAGGAGUUGGCCCGGGUGCACGGAGACUCCUCGGCGGUGGCCCGCGUAGCCCGGUGCCAGCUGGCCGCGCUGACGGGGAGCUUCCACCUGGCCAUGACAGAGUACAACCGCGCCGAGAUGGAGCAGCGGGAGAACUGCACGGCGCGCAUCCAGCGGCAGGCGGCCAUCGUGGGCAAGGAGGUGACACGGGGACAGAUCGAGGAGUUGAUGGAGACAGGCAAGUGGGACGCCUUCGUGGGGGACGGCUUGCUGACCACGGCAGGCGCUCGCAGCGCACGCUCGGCGCUGAGCGAAAUCGAGAGCCGCCGCCGGGAGCUGCUGGAGCUGGAAGGACGCAUACGGGACAUGCGCGACCUCUUCUUCCAGGUGGCGCUGCUGGCUGAGGAGCAGGGCUGCAUGGUGGACCACAUUGAGGAUCACGUGCGAGGCGCUCAGGACUACGUGGCUGCUGCCGGUAACCACGUGCGCCAGGCCAUCAAGUACAAGAAGGCGAACCCUUGCAAGAAGAUCUUCUGUUGUUGUUUCCCCUGCUGCCACUGA